GCGUUCGCGGCGCGGAUUGGCCGCCCGACGCAAGAUGGCGGCGGCCACCCAGGCGCGCUGAGCUGGUCCGGGUCUUGGUUGCUCCGUUCUUCGUUCUUCGCCGGGAUGUGGCGCGGGUGCCGCCGGUUGUUGUGGGGCCGUUUUCCCCCCGCGCAGCUACCCCGACCGCCUUCCGCCGCUGCCGAGAGCGCGGGCCGGGCCUAUGCCCCGCCGGCAGAGAGAAAGCGGUUUUACCAGAACGUGAGCAUCUCACAAGGAGAAGGAGGCUUUGAAAUAAACCUGGACCACCGAAAGCUGAAAACGCCCCAUGCCAGGCUCUUCACUGUCCCCAGUGAGGCCUUGGCCAUUGCCGUGGCAACAGAGUGGGACUCCCAGAAAGACACCAUCAAGUUCUACACUAUGCACCUGACCACAUUGUGCAACACGGCGCUGGACAACCCCACGCAGCGAAGCAAAAUGCAGCUGAUCCGUGCGGCUGUGAAGUUCCUGGAGACUGACACUGUCUGCUAUCGUGUGGAGGAGCCAGCCGCCUUGGCAGAGCUGCAGAAGAAUGAAUGGGAUCCCAUUGUCAGCUGGGCUGAGAAAAGGUACAACGUGGCAAUUGGCUCCUCGACCAGCAUCCUGGGGCCAAACAUCCCAGCCAGCACCAAGGAGACCUUUGUCAGCCAUCUGGCAUCCUACAACAUGUGGGCCCUGCAAGGUAUAGAAUACGUAAUCACCCAGCUGAAAUCUCUGAUUCUGUCCAUGAGUCUGAUUGACAGGCACAUUACGGUGGAGAAAGCCGUGCUUCUGUCUCGCCUGGAGGAAGAAUACCAGAUUCAGCGGUGGGGCAGCGUGGAGUGGGCCCAUGACUAUGAUCUGUGCGAGCUGCGUGCUCGCGCGGCAGCUGGGACUCUCUUUGUUCACCUCUGUUCAGAGAGCUCGACUGUAAAACACAAGCUGUUGCAGGACUGAGGCUGCUGGGCUGGGCGCAGGAGGAAAAAGGCCCGGCUGUGCUGGCGUGACCCAGUGGACGGUAACCACCUUCCUGCCACCGUGUCUUUCCUGGGAUCAGCCUCGUGCUGAGGAACUGUGACUUUGUGGGCAACUCCUCCCUUGUACUGCCUGCCGCAGUGCAGCGCCAGCAGUUCUGAGCCCACGAGGAAGAAAGGUCAAGGUGAGCUUCCUCUGCAUCCCCAGCACAGCAGCUGUGUCCAUUACCGGUGUCUGUAACUCAUCAGAGGAGCUCCCAUGAAAGAAACAGCUUCCUGGGCAGGGCACGGCACAGACGUACCCAGCAUAUGCCACAUGUCUUCAUAGCUGCCAGCUCCUGACACACACUUGUUAUGGAAAUCUGAAAACAGACUCCAUUGCAUCUGUUCUUCAUCCCUCAGUGUGCCUGUAUGUAACACCAGGGUCUCUCUGUUUGAUUAAAGGCACGCCCCUGCUAGAUACUGAAAGCCAA